AUGGGGGGAGAGGGGGAGAAGGGAGAGGGGGAGAAGGGAGAGGGGGAGAAGGGAGAGGGGGAGAAGGGAGAGGGGGAGAAGGGAGAGGGGGAGAAGGGAGAGGGGGAGAAGGGAGAGGGGGAGAAGGGAGAGGGGGAGAAGGGAGAGGGGGAGAAGGGAGAGGGGGAGAAGGGAGAGGGGGAGAAGGGAGAGGGGGAGAAGGGAGAGGGGGAGAAGGGAGAGGGGGAGAAGGGAGAGGGGGAGAAGGGAGAGGGGGAGAAGGGAGAGGAGGAGAAGGGAGAGGGGGAGAAGGGAGAGGAGGAGAAGGGAGAGGAGGAGAAGGGAGAGGAGGAGAAGGGAGAGGAGGAGAAGGGAGAGGAGGAGAAGGGAGAGGAGGAGAAGGGAGAGGGGGAGAAGGGAGAGGAGGAGAAGGGAGAGGGGGAGAAGGGAGAGGAGGAGAAGGGAGAAGGGAGGGAGAAGGGAGAGGAGGAGAAGGGAGAGGAGGAGAAGGGAGAGGAGGAGAAGGGAGAGGAGGAGAAGGGAGAGGAGGAGAAGGGAGAGGAGGAGAAGGGAGAGGAGGAGAAGGGAGAGGAGGAGAAGGGAGAGGAGGAGAAGGGAGAGGAGGAGGGAGAGGAAGCCAAGGAGAGGAAGCCAAGGAGAGGAAGCCAAGGAGAGGAAGCCAAGGAGAGGAAGCCAAGGAGAGGAAGCCAAGGAGAGGAAGCCAAGGAGAGGAAGCCAAGGAGAGGAAGCCAAGGAGAGGAAGCCAAGGAGAGGAAGCCAAGGAGAGGAAGCCAAGGAGAGGAAGCCAAGGAGAGGAAGCCAAGGAGAGGAAGCCAAGGAGAGGAAGCCAAGGAGAGGAAGCCAAGGAGAGGAAGCCAAGGAGAGGAAGCCAAGGAGAGGAAGCCAAGGAGAGGAAGCCAAGGAGAGGAAGCCAAGGAGAGGAAGCCAAGGAGAGGAAGCCAAGGAGAGGAAGCCAAGGAGAGGAAGCCAAGGAGAGGAAGCCAAGGAGAGGAAGCCAAGGAGAGGAAGCCAAGGAGAGGAAGCCAAGGAGAGGAAGCCAAGGAGAGGAAGCCAAGGAGAGGAAGCCAAGGAGAGGAAGCCAAGGAGAGGAAGCCAAGGAGAGGAAGCCAAGGAGAGGAAGCCAAGGAGAGGAAGCCAAGGAGAGGAAGCCAAGGAGAGGAAGCCAAGGAGAGGAAGCCAAGGAGAGGAAGCCAAGGAGAGGAAGCCAAGGAGAGGAAGCCAAGGAGAGGAAGCCAAGGAGAGGAAGCCAAGGAGAGGAAGCCAAGGAGAGGAAGCCAAGGAGAGGAAGCCAAGGAGAGGAAGCCAAGGAGAGGAAGCCAAGGAGAGGAAGCCAAGGAGAGGAAGCCAAGGAGAGGAAGCCAAGGAGAGGAAGCCAAGGAGAGGAAGCCAAGGAGAGGAAGCCAAGGAGAGGAAGCCAAGGAGAGGAAGCCAAGGAGAGGAAGCCAAGGAGAGGAAGCCAAGGAGAGGAAGCCAAGGAGAGGAAGCCAAGGAGAGGAAGCCAAGGAGAGGAAGCCAAGGAGAGGAAGCCAAGGAGAGGAAGCCAAGGAGAGGAAGCCAAGGAGAGGAAGCCAAGGAGAGGAAGCCAAGGAGAGGAAGCCAAGGAGAGGAAGCCAAGGAGAGGAAGCCAAGGAGAGGAAGCCAAGGAGAGGAAGCCAAGGAGAGGAAGCCAAGGAGAGGAAGCCAAGGAGAGGAAGCCAAGGAGAGGAAGCCAAGGAGAGGAAGCCAAGGAGAGGAAGCCAAGGAGAGGAAGCCAAGGAGAGGAAGCCAAGGAGAGGAAGCCAAGGAGAGGAAGCCAAGGAGAGGAAGCCAAGGAGAGGAAGCCAAGGAGAGGAAGCCAAGGAGAGGAAGCCAAGGAGAGGAAGCCAAGGAGAGGAAGCCAAGGAGAGGAAGCCAAGGAGAGGAAGCCAAGGAGAGGAAGCCAAGGAGAGGAAGCCAAGGAGAGGAAGCCAAGGAGAGGAAGCCAAGGAGAGGAAGCCAAGGAGAGGAAGCCAAGGAGAGGAAGCCAAGGAGAGGAAGCCAAGGAGAGGAAGCCAAGGAGAGGAAGCCAAGGAGAGGAAGCCAAGGAGAGGAAGCCAAGGAGAGGAAGCCAAGGAGAGGAAGCCAAGGAGAGGAAGCCAAGGAGAGGAAGCCAAGGAGAGGAAGCCAAGGAGAGGAAGCCAAGGAGAGGAAGCCAAGGAGAGGAAGCCAAGGAGAGGAAGCCAAGGAGAGGAAGCCAAGGAGAGGAAGCCAAGGAGAGGAAGCCAAGGAGAGGAAGCCAAGGAGAGGAAGCCAAGGAGAGGAAGCCAAGGAGAGGAAGCCAAGGAGAGGAAGCCAAGGAGAGGAAGCCAAGGAGAGGAAGCCAAGGAGAGGAAGCCAAGGAGAGGAAGCCAAGGAGAGGAAGCCAAGGAGAGGAAGCCAAGGAGAGGAAGCCAAGGAGAGGAAGCCAAGGAGAGGAAGCCAAGGAGAGGAAGCCAAGGAGAGGAAGCCAAGGAGAGGAAGCCAAGGAGAGGAAGCCAAGGAGAGGAAGCCAAGGAGAGGAAGCCAAGGAGAGGAAGCCAAGGAGAGGAAGCCAAGGAGAGGAAGCCAAGGAGAGGAAGCCAAGGAGAGGAAGCCAAGGAGAGGAAGCCAAGGAGAGGAAGCCAAGGAGAGGAAGCCAAGGAGAGGAAGCCAAGGAGAGGAAGCCAAGGAGAGGAAGCCAAGGAGAGGAAGCCAAGGAGAGGAAGCCAAGGAGAGGAAGCCAAGGAGAGGAAGCCAAGGAGAGGAAGCCAAGGAGAGGAAGCCAAGGAGAGGAAGCCAAGGAGAGGAAGCCAAGGAGAGGAAGCCAAGGAGAGGAAGCCAAGGAGAGGAAGCCAAGGAGAGGAAGCCAAGGAGAGGAAGCCAAGGAGAGGAAGCCAAGGAGAGGAAGCCAAGGAGAGGAAGCCAAGGAGAGGAAGCCAAGGAGAGGAAGCCAAGGAGAGGAAGCCAAGGAGAGGAAGCCAAGGAGAGGAAGCCAAGGAGAGGAAGCCAAGGAGAGGAAGCCAAGGAGAGGAAGCCAAGGAGAGGAAGCCAAGGAGAGGAAGCCAAGGAGAGGAAGCCAAGGAGAGGAAGCCAAGGAGAGGAAGCCAAGGAGAGGAAGCCAAGGAGAGGAAGCCAAGGAGAGGAAGCCAAGGAGAGGAAGCCAAGGAGAGGAAGCCAAGGAGAGGAAGCCAAGGAGAGGAAGCCAAGGAGAGGAAGCCAAGGAGAGGAAGCCAAGGAGAGGAAGCCAAGGAGAGGAAGCCAAGGAGAGGAAGCCAAGGAGAGGAAGCCAAGGAGAGGAAGCCAAGGAGAGGAAGCCAAGGAGAGGAAGCCAAGGAGAGGAAGCCAAGGAGAGGAAGCCAAGGAGAGGAAGCCAAGGAGAGGAAGCCAAGGAGAGGAAGCCAAGGAGAGGAAGCCAAGGAGAGGAAGCCAAGGAGAGGAAGCCAAGGAGAGGAAGCCAAGGAGAGGAAGCCAAGGAGAGGAAGCCAAGGAGAGGAAGCCAAGGAGAGGAAGCCAAGGAGAGGAAGCCAAGGAGAGGAAGCCAAGGAGAGGAAGCCAAGGAGAGGAAGCCAAGGAGAGGAAGCCAAGGAGAGGAAGCCAAGGAGAGGAAGCCAAGGAGAGGAAGCCAAGGAGAGGAAGCCAAGGAGAGGAAGCCAAGGAGAGGAAGCCAAGGAGAGGAAGCCAAGGAGAGGAAGCCAAGGAGAGGAAGCCAAGGAGAGGAAGCCAAGGAGAGGAAGCCAAGGAGAGGAAGCCAAGGAGAGGAAGCCAAGGAGAGGAAGCCAAGGAGAGGAAGCCAAGGAGAGGAAGCCAAGGAGAGGAAGCCAAGGAGAGGAAGCCAAGGAGAGGAAGCCAAGGAGAGGAAGCCAAGGAGAGGAAGAGACUUCCUGCCGCCUGCGUGCGAGAGGAGGAGACUUCCUGCCGCCUGCGUGCGAGAGGAGGAGACUUCCUGCCGCCUGCGUGCGAGAGGAGGAGAGUUCCUGCCGCCUGCGUGCGAGAGGAGGAGAGUUCCUGCCGCCUGCGUGCGAGAGGAGGAGAGUUCCUGCCGCCUGCGUGCGAGAGGAGGAGAGUUCCUGCCGCCUGCGUGCGAGAGGAGGAGAGUUCCUGCCGCCUGCGUGCGAGAGGAGGAGAGUUCCUGCCGCCUGCGUGCGAGAGGAGGAGAGUUCCUGCCGCCUGCGUGCGAGAGGAGGAGAGUUCCUGCCGCCUGCGUGCGAGAGGAGGAGAGUUCCUGCCGCCUGCGUGCGAGAGGAGGAGAGUUCCUGCCGCCUGCGUGCGAGAGGAGGAGAGUUCCUGCCGCCUGCGUGCGAGAGGAGGAGAGUUCCUGCCGCCUGCGUGCGAGAGGAGGAGAGUUCCUGCCGCCUGCGUGCGAGAGGAGGAGAGUUCCUGCCGCCUGCGUGCGAGAGGAGGAGAGUUCCUGCCGCCUGCGUGCGAGAGGAGGAGACUUCCUGCCGCCUGCGUGCGAGAGGAGGAGACUUCCUGCCGCCUGCGUGCGAGAGGAGGAGACUUCCUGCCGCCUGCGUGCGAGAGGAGGAGACUUCCUGCCGCCUGCGUGCGAGAGGAGGAGACUUCCUGCCGCCUGCGUGCGAGAGGAGGCGACUUCCUGCCGCCUGCGUGCGAGAGGAGGCGACUUCCUGCCGCCUGCGUGCGAGAGGAGGAGACUUCCUGCCGCCUGCGUGCGAGAGGAGGAGACUUCCUGCCGCCUGCGUGCGAGAGGAGGAGACUUCCUGCCGCCUGCGUGCGAGAGGAGGAGACUUCCUGCCGCCUGCGUGCGAGAGGAGGAGAGUUCCUGCCGCCUGCGUGCGAGAGGAGGAGAGUUCCUGCCGCCUGCGUGCGAGAGGAGGAGAGUUCCUGCCGCCUGCGUGCGAGAGGAGGAGAGUUCCUGCCGCCUGCGUGCGAGAGGAGGAGAGUUCCUGCCGCCUGCGUGCGAGAGGAGGAGAGUUCCUGCCGCCUGCGUGCGAGAGGAGGAGAGUUCCUGCCGCCUGCGUGCGAGAGGAGGAGAGUUCCUGCCGCCUGCGUGCGAGAGGAGGAGAGUUCCUGCCGCCUGCGUGCGAGAGGAGGAGAGUUCCUGCCGCCUGCGUGCGAGAGGAGGAGAGUUCCUGCCGCCUGCGUGCGAGAGGAGGAGAGUUCCUGCCGCCUGCGUGCGAGAGGAGGAGAGUUCCUGCCGCCUGCGUGCGAGAGGAGGAGAGUUCCUGCCGCCUGCGUGCGAGAGGAGGAGAGUUCCUGCCGCCUGCGUGCGAGAGGAGGAGAGUUCCUGCCGCCUGCGUGCGAGAGGAGGAGAGUUCCUGCCGCCUGCGUGCGAGAGGAGGAGAGUUCCUGCCGCCUGCGUGCGAGAGGAGGAGAGUUCCUGCCGCCUGCGUGCGAGAGGAGGAGAGUUCCUGCCGCCUGCGUGCGAGAGGAGGAGAGUUCCUGCCGCCUGCGUGCGAGAGGAGGAGAGUUCCUGCCGCCUGCGUGCGAGAGGAGGAGAGUUCCUGCCGCCUGCGUGCGAGAGGAGGAGAGUUCCUGCCGCCUGCGUGCGAGAGGAGGAGAGUUCCUGCCGCCUGCGUGCGAGAGGAGGAGAGUUCCUGCCGCCUGCGUGCGAGAGGAGGAGAGUUCCUGCCGCCUGCGUGCGAGAGGAGGAGAGUUCCUGCCGCCUGCGUGCGAGAGGAGGAGAGUUCCUGCCGCCUGCGUGCGAGAGGAGGAGAGUUCCUGCCGCCUGCGUGCGAGAGGAGGAGAGUUCCUGCCGCCUGCGUGCGAGAGGAGGAGAGUUCCUGCCGCCUGCGUGCGAGAGGAGGAGAGUUCCUGCCGCCUGCGUGCGAGAGGAGGAGAGUUCCUGCCGCCUGCGUGCGAGAGGAGGAGAGUUCCUGCCGCCUGCGUGCGAGAGGAGGAGAGUUCCUGCCGCCUGCGUGCGAGAGGAGGAGAGUUCCUGCCGCCUGCGUGCGAGAGGAGGAGAGUUCCUGCCGCCUGCGUGCGAGAGGAGGAGAGUUCCUGCCGCCUGCGUGCGAGAGGAGGAGAGUUCCUGCCGCCUGCGUGCGAGAGGAGGAGAGUUCCUGCCGCCUGCGUGCGAGAGGAGGAGAGUUCCUGCCGCCUGCGUGCGAGAGGAGGAGAGUUCCUGCCGCCUGCGUGCGAGAGGAGGAGAGUUCCUGCCGCCUGCGUGCGAGAGGAGGAGAGUUCCUGCCGCCUGCGUGCGAGAGGAGGAGAGUUCCUGCCGCCUGCGUGCGAGAGGAGGAGAGUUCCUGCCGCCUGCGUGCGAGAGGAGGAGAGUUCCUGCCGCCUGCGUGCGAGAGGAGGAGAGUUCCUGCCGCCUGCGUGCGAGAGGAGGAGAGUUCCUGCCGCCUGCGUGCGAGAGGAGGAGAGUUCCUGCCGCCUGCGUGCGAGAGGAGGAGAGUUCCUGCCGCCUGCGUGCGAGAGGAGGAGAGUUCCUGCCGCCUGCGUGCGAGAGGAGGAGAGUUCCUGCCGCCUGCGUGCGAGAGGAGGAGAGUUCCUGCCGCCUGCGUGCGAGAGGAGGAGAGUUCCUGCCGCCUGCGUGCGAGAGGAGGAGAGUUCCUGCCGCCUGCGUGCGAGAGGAGGAGAGUUCCUGCCGCCUGCGUGCGAGAGGAGGAGAGUUCCUGCCGCCUGCGUGCGAGAGGAGGAGAGUUCCUGCCGCCUGCGUGCGAGAGGAGGAGAGUUCCUGCCGCCUGCGUGCGAGAGGAGGAGAGUUCUUUGCCGUUUGCGUGCGAGAGGAGAGUUUUUGGUGUUCGCGUGCGAGAGGGGACGACUUUUGCAUCAAGUGAACAGCCAUGGUAA